CACAGCCCUGCACGUAUCCACGGACCAGAAAAGGGAACUAGCUCCAAGGGCACCGCAGUUCACUCUUCGAACCGGAGUUCCCUGCGCUCCAACCGCCUUGUGCUGCUAGCACACUGUGUUGUUGAGAAGCUACAGAAUGAAUGUACGGCUCUUUUCUCCGCAACUUACUCCUUUGGUUACGUCUACUGGGGUGUGGGACUGCCAGGCCUCACAUCACGCGUAUCCCACAUACACACCCUCCCUGAAAAAGUCCGAAGACUUAGUAGCAUACCCAUCUCCGCCCAUGUCUGACAUUACACCCCCGCGUCAGCCUGGUGUACUCACAGUACAGGGGGUAACCAAAGGAGAUCAGCCCGCUGUAAGCGUACCGGAAAACAGGGAGGAGGAUACAGGACAUGCAGAACAUAUACGCCUAGAAAUACACGCAGGUUCUGCACGUCGGCUUUCACGAACCACUGAAGAAGCAACGAGGUCGCACCUGUCUUCAUAUCACAGGCCGCAGCUCCCUCCACUUCCACCUCUACCACAAACGCCACCUGCAUCUCAUCACAGGACUUCCAUUCUACGAACACCAGAACGGUCCUCUCCAGCUGCCAGGAUGCAGAUUCACUAUGGUCAUCAACAGACGCUACCACGCCUCGGUGGUCCUCAAUCAUACAAUGGAAUGAACUUCUCUCCACAAACCUAUCAUCAAUAUGGCUAUCACCAACCCCCUCAAAUGCAAAGCAUGCCGCAGUACUUUGGAGCGCCUCUCCAGCUAGCACCUCAACAUACACCAAUCCCACAGCUGCCAGUCAGAACUCACAAGCCUGCACGUGUAACAAAAGCACACGUGAAAUCUGCAUGUAAUCAUUGUAAGAAGGCUCACCUGAGUUGCGAUGACAAACGUCCUUGCAACCGAUGCAUAACAACAAACAAGAUCGACUGUCAUGAUGUGCCUCACAAGAAGCGAGGAAGGCCACGACUUCGUGACGACAAGGACAAGAUGCGCCAUUCGACAUCGUCAUCUAGUUCAAGACCUCUACCUCCGAGGUUAGAUACUUCGACUCAGCAUUAUCAUCAGGACGUCCAGCAACGCUCUAACUCUUUUGGUGGCGUGCUGGCCCCUCGCCUUCUGCCAGGUGACAGCUUUGGCACAUACCAAAGUCCCGUGAGCUCGCCUGGCACUGGGACAUCAGGAGUCUCAACUCAUGUCAGCCCGACUAACUCAUAUCCAUUUGGGAGCUCUUUUGAUCAACCCGCAAAAGCCAUCGUCUAUCUCAACAUGGAUCUUGUCAUCAUGAAGCCUAACGCGAUGUUUGAGAGUCUUUACGAGGGCAAAUUGGGCGGUGGUACUGUCCGUGGACGCAAGAUUUCUGAAUUCAUUCUAUAUUACGACCUUCAGGGCUUGUCACAAGAGUUGUUGGUCGAACGCGAGAGCCGAGAUCCCACAUAUCUAGCACCCAUGGAUCCCAGAGGCGUGGAAGGCGCACUUCAAUCCAUCAUGGAUGUCGAUCUCGAUAGGGUCACGCAAGGGUUCACAGAGAGAACAUAUAACUGGACUCUUUCUCAAUACUCAACACCAUUUCGAGUGAGCGUCAAGUUGGCAAAGACUUCCUGCUACUUUGUGGCCAUGAGUUUCCAGCCGACUCGGCCAUUGCAGAACCAGCAUAUGUUCCAACAGGGAUUCAGUGGUCAAAUGGCACCUCCUGCAAAGGAAAAGUCUCCUGCCUCAGCUGGGCACCAAAUGGCUAUGCGAUACAACUUUUGGGGGCAGAACCCACCCUCACCUUCGGCUUCAUCAGACUCGUCCUCGCCUAUGUUCAGCUUCCACAACGGAUCUAUGUCUCAAGCGAGUACCUCAUCGAUGCGGAGUCCUCACUUCGGCUUCAAUCCCACCCCACGCUCUGGAUCAGAUGCCUCAAGUUACAUGUCUUCAAUGCAGCCUCCCACAUCAGCGUCACGCUCUGGAUCAGAUGCAUCAAGUUACAUGUCCUCGAUGCAGCCUCCAGCAUCGGCUUCCUCGCGUGCUUCAUACUCGAAUUUCUCGAGAUCGGCAUCUCUAGCUGAUAAUCGCAUGGCACCUUCAAUGGAGUCAUCUAUGCAUGGCCACCGCCACGUAUCUACUGUUGACAAUAUUCAAUUACCUCCCCUUCGUGGUAAUCUCACGCCACCAAUGCUCUCCCCCGGUGUUUCGGACAUGACGGGUGCUGGACAGAUGCCUGUACAUGGCUAUGGUCACCACCAUCUCCAAGAGUCUCCUCUGAGCGAAAAAAGGCGUGGACUUGAUAUCGGAGAGAUUUUGGAAUAGAGAUCGCUCAGGAGAAUUCGCAGUAAUUUCGUGCAUAAUUUCGCAUGCACUUUUGGCUCUCCAAUUAUGAGGACGUACCUCAAAUGUCUCUUCCGACUGUCGUUCAUCUUACGAGGUAAUGGUUUCCAUCCAGCAAUGGCCCAAGGCUCACGUCUAUCGUUA